GUUAAAAGGAAAUGUAAAACAUCACGUAAUCUAACCUCAAAAAUUAUGUUGUUUUUGAAAGAUGAACUAAAAUUGUAAAUAAAAGAAUUUCAUUUUUUCUUUAAAAAAUGCAUUUUAAUUAUAUGACUAUGGGUUUUAAUUUCCUUCAAAUACAGAUAAGAAUAUAAAGAUAAUUGAUAAAUGCGAAAAAGUAUAAUUCCACAUGAAAUACAUGAGUAGAGUGAGAAAAAUAUAAAUAAAUGAAAAUGAAUGGAAUCUCAGGACAAUUUCGUAAAACAACAUGGGAUCCAUUUUUAAUAAUAUGUCAAAUAAUUGCCGUACAAACGAUAAUGUACUUUUUCCUUGGCAUAUGGAUUUGGUUGACAGCAACAUUAAUGGGCUCAACACGAUCACUUGAUUAUGCAUUUCAAUAUAAAGAAAUACAUGUACGUGAUUUUGGUGGUCAUCUUGUGAUAACAAUUUUUAUAAUAAACGCUCUUAUUGGUGCACUUGCACUAUGGCGAAUUGUACAGAGAACAAAACAAUGUAUGGAUUUUGCAUGUACAGCACAUUUAAUUCAUCUCAUUUGUUGUUGGCUCUAUAAUGGAACAUUUCCAACAACAUUCAGCUGGUGGUGUUUAAAUAUUGUUUGUGUUAUUAUAAUGUGCGUGUGUGGUGAAUUUCUUUGCAUGAGAACUGAACUUCAAGCGAUUCCCCUAAGUAUGAAUAGUCAAAGAACAGCCUUAUGAAAGAAAUUUUUCAUCUUUAGUUUAAUUUAUUAAUUUAAAAAAAAAAAAAAAAAAAAUUUUUACUAAUUUUCCCCCCCCCAAAAAAAAACUAAAAGAAAUGUUUAUUUUUACAUGUAAAAAAAUAAGUCAAAAAUUAUUAAUUUUCAUUUGUAAAAAAGGGAUUUUAUCGAAAGAUUAGAAAUUUGUUAAUAAUAUGCAUAAGAUUAGAAAUUAUUGAAAAAAAAAAAUUUGUAAAAAAUAUCAUUUUUUUCAGAAAUAAAUAAAAAAAAAAAAAUUUUUUUAAAA